CAAGUCAUCCUGAGCUUCUGUCACUAUUCAAAUUUGAAUUAUAUUAGUUUUGCCAAAUUGCAGUCUGAUAAUGUUUGGCCUUUUGAAAUGCGCUCAACCGCUCUUAGGAAAACUUCACAGCAGCCAAAGUAACAGGCGUGGCCUCAAGGUCGCCGUAGUGGGCGCUGCAGGCGGCAUAGGGCAGCCGCUGUCCCUGCUGCUGAAGCUCAAUCCUCACAUCGAGCACCUGGCGCUGCACGACUUAAGGAAUACACAAGGAGUGGCAAUGGACCUGUCGCACAUCGACACCCCUGCGACAGUCUGCCCCUUCGAGGGCGGAGACGGAAAGAGCCUGAGGAGGGCAAUGUUCAUGGCGGACAUCGUGGUGGUUCCGGCUGGACUUCCCCGCCAGCCAGGAAUGUCACGGACCGAUUUGGUGAAAGUGAAUGCCUCUGUGGCGGCGGAUGUUGCCUUCGCCGCCAGCGAAGUGUGUCCCAGGGCCUUUAUUGCUUUCAUCACAAAUCCAGUAAACGUUGUUGUGCCCCUCGCGGCCACAGUUCUCAAGGCCAAGUGCAAUUACGAUCCAAACCGCCUCUUUGGCGUCACCAGUCUCGACUUGGUGCGUGCAAGGACCUUUGUGGGGGACGCCCUCAAUGUGAACCCGUUGAAAGUGGAGGUGCCGGUGAUCGGAGGGCACACCGGUAAAACCAUCUUGCCCAUCUUGUCGCAGUGCACGCCCGCCUACAAUGGCACCGACGAAGAAGUCGAGGAGUUGAUCAAGCGCAUCCAAGGAGCAGGAACCGAAGUUGUCAACGCCAAGAAGGGCGAGGGAUCGGCCACCCUCUCGAUGGCCCAUGCCGCCAACCUAUUCGUUGGCAAUCUGAUCAAGGCCAUCAAGGGCAGUGACAAGCCCAUCGUGGAGUGCGCAUAUGUGGAAUCGGAGGUCACCGAGGCCCAGUUCUUUGCCACGCCAUUCGUCCUGGGACCGCAGGGCAUCAAGGAGAACCUCGGACUGCCCGAUAUGAACGAUGUCGAGAUGGAGGCAUUGGAGAAAAUGCUGCCGGAGUUGAAGGCGAACAUAGAGGCUGGGAUCAAAUUGGGAAAGGACUUUGCAGGGCAGGAUUAAUAAAUUAGUAUCAAAGUUAUUUCGAGUCUGAAUUAUCACAAAUUAAUUGAACGGAAGACCUUUUUAAAGAAUUUCGGCAACUAAAAUCCGAUGCUGUUUAAUUAGGUAAACAUCAAGACCACCGACAUUCUUUGUAGAACUCUUGAUUACUUUGUAAAUACAAUUUAAUAAAAUA